UCAAAAGAGAGUGUCAUGGGCUCGAAAAUAAAGACGGCCGUCUUUGUGUUUAUUUCAUUUCUGGUCAUGAUUUUCCUUUCCUCGGGAUACUUAAAGACGAACAACCAGCAGAAGCACGUGGCGCCAAAGCUGCACUAUCAGCAAAGCGAUCGCCUCCGCCCGGCGACAGAAACCACGGCGGGCCCCGCGAACCCACGGCCGCCGCCUGCCCCGGCGCCACCGCAGGACGUCACCCUCGCCUCGUCGGCCUCCAAAAGCAUCGCCACGGUCAUCAACGGCAACUCGGGGACGUCGUUCGCUGUGGGCGACGUCCUCCUCGUCGAGGUCCAGAUGCGCGACUUCGCCGGGCGUCCCAAGCGCCACGGCGGUGACUUCCUCCUCACCAGGCUCUCGAACACGCGGCUCGGCGCUGCCGUCUCGGGCGCGGUCACCGACCGCGGCGACGGCACGUACCUCGUGACCUUCCGCGUCUCGUGGCCCGGCGAGAGCCGUCCCGAGGUGGCGCUCGUGCACUCGAGCGAGCAGGUCGCUGUGCUGGAGAGAGUGCGCGAGGCCGUGCCUGACAAGGUCAGCUUCUGGGGCACGUUCGUGUCCGGUGGGCAGAAGGAGCGGUCUGCCUGCCACGUGUUCCUGAACGCGACGGCGGGAGGCGGCGAGCUGUGCGACUUCGGGGACGCGGAGCGCAGCGAGUCGUGGUCGUGCGCGAGGCCGAGGGAGCUGCCCUGCUACUCGCUGCAGGGCUACUCGUCGUACAACAAGUACGCGCGCCUGUUCACGGCCGUGGAGCGCCAGCUCUUCUCCGAGAAGAAGGGUGGGAAGCUUCACGAACCCAUACCAAUAAGAUACAUGUUGCAUGCUAAUGUAGCGAAUAUCGGAGUCGCGACAACGAGGUGCGUGCCCGGGUUAGGAUUGCCAAGCCCCAGCGGCUUUUACUUCAAGGGCGCUUGGCAGUCGACGGUGUGCGGCAUGAGGCGCUUCGACACGCCGGCGAACGUCACCGACUGCUUGAGGCACAAGGAGGUGUACCUGUUUGGAGAUUCCACCAUCAGGCAGUAUUGGGAGUACCUCAACAAGUUCGUCAAAGCUUUGAAACGCUUCGACCUCCACAAGCCCGGGACACAUCAACCGAAGUUGGCGAUCGACAACGAGAACAACAUCAUCCUGGAGUGGUUCUGCCACGCCUACCCGCUCAUCACGGGGUCGUACACAUACAAGGAAGACGUCCGGCACAUCGCCCGACGCAUCGACGAAAUAUCCGGCGGGAGCCACGUGGCGGUGGGCAUCUGCCUGGGGGCUCACUUCACCGUCUUCCCGCUGGUGGUUUUCCGCACGCGAAUGCGAAACAUUGGCGAGGCCGUGAGGAAGCUGUUGCUGAGAAGCCCCGAGACGAGGGUCAUCGUCAAGUUGGCCAACACGCGAGACGUCCGCAACCCUGAGAUAUUCAACAACUGGAGCACGUUCAGGAUGAACGAGAUCACCCUGGACGUGUUCAAGGGCAUGAACGUGGCCUUCGUGGACGCGUGGGACAUGACCGCGUCGAUUAACUCCGCUAAAAUUCACCCCGUCGAGGCGAUAGUGAAGAACCAAGUCGACCUGUUUCUGUCGUACAUUUGUUAG